AUGGCCACCUCGGCGAUCACAUCCCCUCCGGCUCCGGCAGCAACGCUGCCCCUGGCGGGCCGCGUGGCCAUCGUCACCGGCGCGUCGGGCGGCAUCGGGCGCGGCAUCGCGACCCACCUGUCGUCCCUCGGCGCCAGCCUGGUCCUCGGGUACGCCUCCAGCUCUCAGCAGGCCGACGCGCUGGCCGCUGAGCUCCCGCGCGCCGUGGCGAUCAAGGCCGACGUCUCCGACGAGGCGGGCGUCCGGUCCCUCUUUGACGCCGCAGAGACCGCCUUCGGCGGCCCGGCGCACAUCAUGGUGGCCUGCGCGGGCCUGGGCAUCGGGACCUACCCGUCGCUCGCCAACACCGCCACGGCGGACUUCGACAACGUGUUCGCGGUGAACACCCGGGGCGCGUUUCUGUGCCUCCGCGAGGCGGCGAACCGGCUGCGGCGCGGGGGCGGGGGCCGGAUCGUGGCUGUGUCCUCGACGCUGGCGGCGACGCUGCUCCCUGGCUACGGGGCGUACACAGCGUCCAAGGCGGCCGUGGAGGCGAUGGUGCGGGUGGCCGCGAAGGAGCUCGGGUCGGCGCGGGUGACGGUGAACUGCGUGGCGCCGGGGCCCGUGGCGACGGAGCUCUUCUUCGACGGGAAGAGCGAGGAGGCGGUGGAGAGGUUCAGGGCUGGGCACCCGAUGGGGCGGCUUGGGGAGGUGGGCGACAUCGCGCCGGCGGUCGGGUUCCUCUGCACUGACGCGGCCGAGUGGGUGAACGGCCAGGUCAUUCGGGUCAACGGCGGCAUUGCUUAA